CAGUUUCAGAUCUGUGAGAACAGUCAGGCAAAUCAAGGCUAUGAUUACAACUCGUCUUCAGAACCUGCGAUUGUGUUUACCAACAAAACUCUUUUGGUUUUCAUGUUGGUCCCUGUUUGUUAUUAUUAUUGUUACGCUCCAAAGGUAACUUACAUUAGUCUAGUAAUCGUAGCUGGCAAGCUCGUUAAGCAUAGCAAAGUAACGCUAUGACAUAAAUAUCCCACAAAACCAAGCUAGAGCCGGAGUACUAUAGGUUAAUGAACAUCAACUUGUAAGUGACUUCUUAGUUCUUCUUGGCCUUGAAUUUAUGGACAGGCAGAGCAGUGGAAGAGGAAGAAGGGAUAGGCGAGGUGGAAACCGAGGCAAGGAGGACAGUCCAGAUGUGCGUUUAUCGAAAUCUAUGACAUAUGUGCUGCGGCACGGAGCAAGUAAAAUGGGGCUGCACAUGAACCCAGAUGGCUUCAUCUUUGUGGAUGAUCUCCUCUCACAUCCCCAGUUUCGUUCAUUCUCACUGGAAGAUGUGGAGAGUGUGGUGGCCAACAAUGACAAGCAGAGGUUCAAAUUGCGCAGCCACCCAGAAACCGGGCGUCUACAGAUACGAGCCAAUCAGGGCCACUCAGUACAAGUGGCAGAUCUGGAGCUGAGAGCGGUGGACCCAGAAGCUCCGGACUUCACACAGGAGGCAAUCCAUGGCUCCUACCUGACGCACUGGGCCGCCAUCCGCAGCCAGGGCCUGAGCAGAAUGGGCAGAACACACAUACACCUGGCGUCCGGACUGCCAGGAGCACAGGGAGUCAUUAGCGGUAUGAGGAAAAACUGUGACUUGGUAAUUUACAUUGAUGUCCUUAAAGCCAUAUCAGAUGGCAUCCCAUUCUUCUGGUCAGAAAAUGGAGUUUUACUGACACCUGGUGACUCGGAAGGAAAACUGGCACCCUGUUACUUCAGUAGAGCUAUGCAGCUCAAGCCAUCUCAGUGUGAACUGAAGCUGGAAUAGCUGAUUCUUGACAUAAAUGGAGCCAUGUGACUGCAUUCAGCAGCUUUUGACACUGUGCAGUGAUUAGACAUGUCUCACAUUCACCAUGACAAAUGCUGCAUGUAUAAAACAGACAAAGCCACAAACACAUAGCUGAACAUCUCGAGUGCCUGGUGAAAUUGCAGGUGUUACCGUUCCAUGCAACUCAGCAAGACAAGACUCUAUAGACUUGCCUUACAAAGAUACUUUCAUAACACGAAUGAAUUGCCCAAGUCUAUAUUAGGCAAGUGCUAUCAAACCGGAGGCAGAAGCUAACUGUCAUUUUGUGCAACUGAAAGUUUGAGCAUGUGCUUUACAGAUAGGGUUACACGUGUGCUAAUACAGUAAAACCCCCAAACACCACCAACCACCAAGAGUGUCUCUGCAGAUCAAGCCAGUGGUUUCCUGACUUGUCACUCAAACAAACAAGUUCCUUGCCUCUGUUAUGUCUUUUGUCGACUGCUUUGUCCUAAGUCUAACAAAGGUUAUUUAAAAGAAACAAGGUAUUCUGGUUUUCAUGAACAUGCUGUUUAUUUGAAAAAGACCAAGAGUAAAUUGGCAGCCAACACAUGUCAAUGUUUUUUGGUGCUCUAUGUAAUUUGAAUUGGGUCAAAUGUGAGUUAGGAUGUUGUGUUUGGUGUCCUUUUUUGGUACCUGUCCUACUUCCUUUUCUGAGUUCCUUAAAGAAAUGAAAAUCUG